CAAACGGUCAUAAUGUUUAAUUUAAUUAAUCCAAAGCAGAAAUAUCCCCAUUCUAGAAAGGAAACUUAUAACUGGAAAUCUCCAUACGCAAAUAAGGUGCACAACAGCAUCUUGGAUUUUGUAGGAAACACACCUCUUAUCAAACUUAAUAGAAUCCCCAAAGACCAUGGACUUUCUUGCGAAAUCUAUGCUAAAUGCGAAUUUAUGAACCCAAGUGGCUCCUCGAAAGAUCGAAUAGCACUCGCGAUGCUUAAAGAUGCAGAACACGGAGGAUAUAUUAAUGAUGAUACACAAUUUGUUGAAGCUACAUCUGGAAACACAGGCACUAGUGUCGCUUUAAAUGCCACCUUAAUAGAAAAGAAAUGUUAUAUUGUAAUGGGAGAAAAAAAUUCUUCUGAAAAAGUGAAUACCAUGCGGUUAUUAGGCGCUGAUGUUAUAGUAACAAAAAAAUCACCUACGCUGUUAGCUAGGGAAAUUAAGGACGCCCAUCCAGACACUGUAGUUAUGUUGGAUCAAUUUGAAAAUAGUGUAAAUCCAAAGAUUCAUUACGACACUACUGGAAUGGAAAUUAUAGAUGCCUUGGGUAAAGUGGAUGUGCUUGUGGCAGGAGUCGGCACUGGGGGCACUUUAAGUGGAGCCGGACAUAGAAUUAAAGAGAAGUAUCCUAAAUGUAUUAUGGUGGUCGCUGAACCUGAAGGAUCUACUAUGUUUAAUGUGGAUUCAAAAUCUCAUCCUUUUUUAGUGGAAGGCAUCGGAGGUUCAAGUAUUCCAAUCGUAAUGGAUAAAUCGUUGGUUAAUGAAUAUGAAGUGGUAACAGAUGAAGAAAGCUUUUUAAUGGCCAGAGAAGUUAUUCAAAAAGAAGGUUUAUUCUGCGGAGGAAGCAGUGGAGCAAUAAUGGCUGCAGCAAUAAAAACAGCACACAAAAAUAAACUCGGCCCCGGACAUCGCAUCGUCGUAGUUUUACCAGACGGGAUGCGGAAUUAUAUGACCAAGUUUGUUACUGAUCAAUGGAUGGAAUCACAUCUAUUUAUGGAUCCACCUGAACAUACUAUGAGGUGGUGGAACAAACCAAUCAAUGACCUAACUUUAACUAACACUUAUCCUGUCAUAACCGAUACCUACACCUGCUUAGAAGCAUUGUUAGAAAUGAAGAACGUGAAUAUAGCCAUUGUCGUUAAUAGCAAAGGAUGGUUCGUAGGUGCAGUUUCAAAGGAUAAUUUCCGAAACUUAGCAACAAAUCCGACAAAAUUGCCAAGCCAAAAUUCUGAAGAAUUCAAUUUUAAUGAUCCAGUUACCGAUCACUUGAUAAAAGAUUGUUAUAAAUUGGCCAAGAAUGGAAAGAAAGGAAUGCCAACAAUGGGUCUCAUAUCCCGUAUGUUAGAUAUAACGCCGUUUGUUGUCAUCGGUCAGAAUAUCUAUGAAUCUGAUGAAGUUCUUUUUUUACCCGAGAGUGUGGCCACCGGUGAUGAUAUCCUCAAUUACAUAUUUUCGUUCAACAAUAAAGAUCAUCGUUAUACAAACUUAAUUUAAGAUAUCGAAUCAAGCUAAAAUAAACAACACCUAA